AUGGGGUUCUCGAGCCUCGCAGACGAGCUGGCGGAUGUGUUUGAUCAAGGCGAAGGGACGGGUGGGCGGAGCUUGGCUGAUGAGUUUGGGCUGGACUUUGGCUUGGACGAGGACGUACAGGGGGACGGCUCGCUGGACGAGGUCGACAAUGCCCUAGAUACCUCCCCCAAUCCGCCUAUCCUCCUCACACCCCACCUCGGCACCCCUCCCACGCCCACCGGUCGUCUCUCAUCCAAGCGACGGGGAUCCUACUCAUCAAGCCGAUCAGGCGGGAUGAGCGACCUACUUGGCGAGGAUCCCCUGCUGGAGGACUCGCUCGAUCUUCCGCCUCUCGAAUCCCCACAUACGCCUCCCGCUCGAGGACCCACCUCUCCCAAGUCCACUCGGUCACCUCCUCCACGUCCACCUGACUCCUCAUCCCGCUACACCCCCGCGCUCGAACGAGACCCGCUAGUCGAGCUGGAAGAGUGCAUAGCGAGCACCUCGAGGCUGAUUAGCGGGCUGAAGGGGAUUCAUCAUACCUCGGAGACAACACUCUCGCUGUCCACUUCCACGUCGGCGCGGUCUAUAUCGUCGGUCUCGUCCAGAGGGACCAUCACGGACAACUCGGCGGGGUAUGCGGGGAUGGACAUCGUGGAUCGCUUGACGGGGUAUGCGGUGGGGAUGCAGAAGCGGGAAAGAAGAUUGGACGAGCGGAUGAGAGAGCUGGAGGGAUUGGCGGAGCGGUGGGAAAGGGUGGGGUAUGGCGGCGCACUAGAAGUGGAGGGUGAUGGCUUGUUGGCAGAGGAGACACCCGUAUCGCGGCUGGUUCAGGAUGUUCACCCCGACCCCCUCCUCCCAACCUUGCUGAUCCUUCGCGAGACGCUCCACGCCCACUCGUCCCAUAGCCUCGCAACACAGCGGCAAUUUCGGCAGAUACGGGGAGCCAUCCAAGGGGCCAAGGAGCGGGACGAGGCGGAAGAGGCUGCGCGGAGAGGUAUAGAGGCAUGGGAGAUCGGUAGGGUACAGGAGGGUUUGAAGGGCGAGGGAGUGGGCGAGAGGUUGGCCAGGCUGGUAGCGGGCUUCGAGGGCACUCUAGCAUCAUUUGAACGGGAUCUGCGGGAGAAAGUCAGAGCUCCGUCACUAGCAAUAUAG